AUGCCCACUGGAGAGCCCGAUCCACCUGAUGGCGCGAAAAACGGCCUCUCCGUGCUGGGCGUUUUACCACGCCUUAGCGAGAACUACGCCGUACCCAUCGCACAGCCGCCGCCUCGUGAGCCGUCUCCAGAAUGUGUGGUAGGAAGGGUUUAUCCGUUCGAGCCGCCAGACUCACCCACGACGUGGGAGCCACAUCCUGACAUAGAAUUAGUUCCCGGAGGUGGCGAGGGCUCGUCAAAGCCGCAUACUGCUUCGCCUUCGACUGUCAGCACCGCGCCCGUCAAGCGACCUCGUGCGGGAACUACGUACAAGCAGCAGACGCUCUGGGGCGCCCCUCCUCCCCAAAACGCUACUUCACACAAGCGCCAUGCUCCUUCGGCCGAUCCGAAGCCACCCACCGCUCUGGCGGAUGCAGAGUACGAGUCGGUGAAGAAGACGUUUGAGGCUCAGUGGGCAUGUAGUUUCAAAUGGUUGCGUUUGCUCCGCAUGUCUAACGGGUGUCCGUCUUUGAAGUGUGCCAUUUGUGUGAAGCACGGAGAUCCACUAGCGCACACCGCUUAUGGGGCGAAGGGUGAGGGUGCUCGGGAUCUCCAGAUCGGCAGCAUCCGCACUCACUCCUCGACCUGUGCACACAAGAACGCGGCGGAGACUCAAAAGAAGGCGGAGGCAGAGAAGGUGAAGCAGGCCACACUCACUCGGUGGCAGAUCACGGACGCUUCCACCCGUCACAUCAUUCGGCUCCUCCACAUCGCGCUCUUCGUCUGCAAGGCGGACGCACCCAUAGCGAUGUUCGGCGCCCCGAGGGGCGACGAGAAGGGAGCCGCGCGGCCCCCCCCCCGGGGCGCCGCGACGGGCACCAGGGAGGGCGCCGCGACGGGCCCCCAGAGCCGCCUCGACGGGCGACGGGGAGGGCGCCGCGCGGGCCCCCCGAAGUCGCCUCGACGGGCGACGGGAGGGGACCGCGCGCGGCCCCCGUGGUCGCCACGACGGGCGACUGGUGGGGAGGCCGCGCGGGUCCCCAAGGUCGCCUCGACGGGCGACGGGAGGGGAGGCCGCGCGGGUCCCCGAGCUAGUGCUGCUGCUGAAGAGGUACCUGAGCUGCAAAUGAUUGACGAUGUCGUGCGCGCCUUCGCUGACCACAUCGGCCGCAGCAGCGUGGACUACCAGAAGUUUCAAGAGAUGCAGCGGAUCUUCUGCCAGACGAAUCUAGAGGCGCAGGGGAUUAGCGAUACCCGCAGGCUCGCCCGUGGUGAAGCGAUCCAGCGCCUGCUCGACGUGCUCCCUGCGGCCAUGGUGGUGUUGAAGGAUUACAAGGCGGAACUGUACGAGGUGGUUACCUCGUUCAAGUUCCACUGGCUCAUCCGCUUUCUUGCGGAUGUGCUUUGGGAACUUAACUGCCUCAAGCUUCCAGCAGCGGCAGGACAUGAAACGGAUGGCGAUGUCACGGCGUGCGUCGAGCUGUCGAUCAAGUAUGUGCGCGCCAUUGACGCCGAGCUGGAGUAG